AUGGUUGAAAAGGUGAGUUUCUGGACUUUUUUUUAGUUUGGCAUGGGGAUUUUGCAAAAUGAUUUGAUCAGUCUGUCGGGGAAAUAAUGCGCUAUGUCGCAAAAUCGCAUCGCCGGCGAGAAGAAAAUGAAUUGUGUUGCGGCAAAAUUGCGAUUGGCGCAGAAACAUUGGGCUCAUAAUUUUCCCGACAGACUGAUACCACUAACUAAAAAUUUUGUUGGAAAUUUUGAUUAGCCCUCUGAAAUUUUCUCAAUGGCUUCUGUUCCCGAAAUAAUCCCAAUUUUCGCGAUUUUUUGUUGGAAUUUUUGAGAAAUCAGCAAAAAAUCUCGAUUUCCAAUUAUGUUUUUUUUCAAAAGUCAUCGGGAAGUUUGAAAAAAUAGCCUAAAAGUUUUUGUUGGUCCUUGAGUUUUGGGUCUUUUGGGUCAUUUUUGGGUCUUUUCGGCCAAAAAUUUGAAUUUUUGUAUCAAAAAUUUCCAAAAUUUUGCAAAAAUUUUUUUUUUGACUAAUUUUUAGUGUCCUCGAAAUAAAAAAAAAUUCUUGAAAGAUUUUUUCCUACCCCCAAUAUUUCGAAAAGACCCAAAUUUUUCAUUUUUGGUACGUAAAAAUUUCAAAAACUGCCAAAAAUUUUUUGACUUUUUCGAAAAAAAAUCUGUCGAAAAGUUAUUUUUUCCCUCAAAAAAUCUUAUUUUUCUCUCAACUUUUCCAAUUUUUCACCCCCCAUUUUUCAGGUUGACCCGGUCCUGUUCCUGCAGUCGUUGUUUGCCUCCAGUUUCAUCGCACUGUGCAUGACGGCGACAUUUCUUUGGGCGAUGGUGGAAUGUGGCAAAAAGCCGCCUCCGCCACCAGAGGAGGGCCAGCCCAAGGUUGCGGGCGGCUACGUCAGCAAAUCGUGCAAUAAACAGACCGGCCUACUCAACGAGGACCAGGAACUCAACAGCGAAAGACUCAAGUAGGCUUUGAGGGAGUUUUGGAAGAGUUUUUUUGGGAGAUUGGAUAUUAGAAUUGACAAAAAGCGAGAAAAUGGUAAAAGUUCCUUAUUUUGGCCACAACUUAUAACUUUGCGGAAACUGGUCGGAAUUAGCCCAAAUUUAGCGUGCACGCUCAAUGCAUCGUUGUCAAUGCCGGGACAGUGGAUUUAGUUAGCGAGGUACCUUCUUUUUUCAGUACCACCUUACCCUUCAAAAACGGCUGCAGCCUGUGAUUUUACACUUUAUACGAUGAAACAUGUCCGGAACUAAACUUAUUGCCUCCGUAUGGAACUAAAUGAGUCGUCACAGCCUUCGUAGGUACCCUUAAAACUAUAGAGCUUUUAUAGUAAUAGCUCUAUAGUUUUUUACGGCCAAAAAAGUGUUUUUCGCUGUGAGCGAAAUGUUGUUGCGCCGAUCGCGUUGCUGCAAUGAAAAGCAAUUUGAUUUUGCCGCGACACAUUUCAUUUUCUCGGCGGCGAUACGAUUUUCAAUGCGACAGAGUGCUCAUUAUUUUCCCGACAGACUGAUGUUAGUAUUUUCAUAAAGUGCAUGGACAUUUUUCGCGGCCCGCACCGUGCACAAAAAAUCAAAAUGCACUGCGCAAAGGCGAAAAAAUGUCCAAGCACUUUAUGAAAAUACUAAUAUCAGUCUGUCGGGAAAAUAAUGAGCACUCUGUCGCAUUGACAAUCACAUCGCUGCCGAGAAAAUGAAUUGUGUCGCGGCAAGAUCAAGUUGCUUUUCACUUCAGCGACGCAAUCGCUGCAGGGACAUUGUGCUCAUUAUUUUCCCGACAGACUGAUAUAUAAUCAAUUAUCUUCUUUUUUUUGAGGAAGUAAAGGAAAAGGCCGAGAAAUUUUUGGCCAAUAUCCCUAUUCAGUAAAAUAACUAGGAAUUUAAUCAAAAUUUUUCACCCAUGGUCUGUUUAGAAGACACGACGAGUAUCAUGAAAGUCGCAUUUGAGCACUUCCCAUCUGUUUAUUGAUUUUCAGAGCAGCCGCAGCUCAGGAUCAGGUCGCCAACCAGCCGAAACCAGCGGAGGCUCAGCCAAAGCCCGCCAAUCCAUGA